UCGCCGCAGAAAUGGCUGCUGUCCAUACAGGCAACAUAAAUUUCAAAUGGGACCCCAAAAGCUUGGAGAUCAGGACUCUGGCAGUGGAAAGACUGUUGGAGCCUCUUGUCACUCAGGUUACGACCCUGGUAAACACAAAUAGCAAGGGGCCCUCUAACAAAAAGCGAGGUCAUUCUAAAGAAGGCUCAUGUUUUGGCUGCGUCUAUUAACAAGCAACUGAGAAUUUCCGGGAGAAGGGGGAUAAAAUUGCAAAGGAGAGUCAGUUUCUCAAGGAGGAGCUUGUGGCUGCUGCGGAGGAUGUUCGGAAACAAGGUGACUUGAUGAAGAGUGCUGCGGGAGAGUUUGCGGGUGACCCCUGCUCCUCUGUGAAGCGAGGCAACAUGGUUUGGGCAGCUCAAGCUUUGCUCUCUGCUGUUACCUGGCCGCUGAUCUUGGCUGACAUGGUGGAUGUCUACAAACUACUUGUUCAGCUGAAAGUUGUGGAAGAUGGUAUCUUGAAACUCAGGAAUGCUGGCAAUGAACAAGACUUAGGAAUACAGUACAAAGCCCUGAAACCGGAAGUGGAUAAGCUGAACAUUAUGGCAGCCAAAAGACAACAGGAACUGAAAGAUGUGGGCCAUCGGGAUCAGAUGGCUGCAGCUAGAGGGAUCCUGCAGAAGAAUGUUCCAAUCCUGUAUAUCACAUCCCAGGCCUGCCUGCAGCACACAGAUGUUGCCGCCUAUAAAGCCAACAGGGACCUGAUCUAUAAGCAGCUGCAGCAAGCAGUCAACGGCAUUUCCAAUGCAGCCCAGGCCACCACGUCAGAUGACGCCUCUCAGCACCAGGGUGGCAGUGGUGGUGGCGAGCUGGCAUAUGCGCUCAAUAACGUUGAUAAACAAAUCAUUGUGGACCCCUUGAGCUUCAGUGAGAAGCGCUUUAGGCCUUCCUUGGAGGAGCACCUGGAAAGCAUCAUUAGUGGGGCUGCCUUGAUGGUCGACUCUUCCUGCACGCGUGAUGACCGACGUGAGCGAAUUGUGGCAGAAUGCAAUGCUGUUCACCAGGCCCUCCAGGACCUGCUCUCGGAGUACAUGGGCAAUGCUGGGUGUAAAGAAAGAAGCGAUGCACUCAAUUCUGUAGUAGAUAAAAUGACCAAGAAGACAAGGGAUUUGCAUAGACAGCUCCGCAAAGCUGUCAUGGACCACAUUUCAGAUUCUUUCCUGGAAACCAACGUUCUGCUUUUAGUGUUGAUUGAAGCCGCAAAGAAUGGAAAUGAGAAAGAAGUUAAAGAAUAUGCCCAAGUUUUUCGAGAACAUGCCAACAAGCUGAUAGAGGUUGCUAACUUGGCCUGUUCCAUCUCAAACAACGAGGAAGGUGUGAAGCUUGUUCGAAUGUCUGCCAGCCAGUUAGAAGCCCUCUGUCUGCAGGUUAUCAAUGCUGCACUGGCAUUGGCAGCAAAACCACAGAGUAAGCUGGCCCAAGAGAACAUGGAUCUUUUUAAGGAACAGUGGGAGAAGCAAGUGCGUGUUCUCACAGAUGCUGUGGACAACAUUACUUCCAUUGAUGACUUCUUGGCCGUCUCAGAGAACCACAUUUUGGAAGACGCGAACAAAUGCGUCAUCGCUCUGCAAGAGAAAGAUGUCGACGGGCUGGACCGCACGGCGGGUGCCAUCCGUGGCCAGGCAGCCUGCGUCAUCCACAUGGUCACUUCAGAGAUGGACAACUAUGAACCUGGGGUCUACACAGAGAAGGUUCUGCAAGCCGCCAAGCUGCUUUCCAACACAGUCAUGCCACGCUUUACCGAGCAAGUUGAAGCUGCCGUGGAGGCCCUCAGCUCAGACCCUGCCCAGCCCAUGGAUGAGAACGAGUUUAUCGAUGCCUCGCGCCUGGUGUACGAUGGCAUCCGGGACAUCAGGAAGGCGGUGUUGGUGAUAAGGACCCCAGAGGAGCUGGAUGACUCUGACUUUGAGACGGAAGAUUUCGAUGUCCGAAGCAGGACAAGUGUCCAGACUGAAGACGAUCAGCUGAUAGCUGGCCAAAGCGCCCAGGCGAUCAUGGCACAACUUCCUCAGGAGCAGAAAACCAAGAUUGCUGAGCAGGUGGCCAGCUUCCAGGAGGAAAAGAGCAAGCUGGACACGGAGGUGUCCAAAUGGGACGACAGUGGCAACGACAUCAUUGUGCUGGCCAAGCACAUGUGCGUGAUUAUGAUGGAGAUGACCGACUUCACCCGAGGAAAGGGGCCCCUCAAAGACACAUCGGACGUGAUCAGUGCUGCCAAGAAGAUUGCAGAAGCAGGGUCCCGGAUGGACAAGCUGGGCUGAACGAUCGCCGACCACUGCCCAGACUCGGCCUGCAAGCAGGACCUGCUGGCCUACCUGCAGCGCAUCGCCCUCUACUACCACCAGCUCAACAUUUGUAGCAAGGUCAAGGCCGAGGUGCAGAACCUCGGUGGAGAGCUCGUCGUCUCUGGGGUGGACAGCACCAUGUCCCUGAUCCAGGCAGCCAAGAACCUGCUGAAUGCCGUGGUGCAGACAGUGAAGGCCUCCUACGUGGCCUCCACCAAGUAACAGAAGUCUCAGGGAAUGGCGUCCCUGAACCUUCCUGCUGUGUCCUGGAAGAUGAAGGCCCCCGAGAAAAAGCCUUUGGUGAAGAGAGAGAAGCAGGAUGAGACGCAGACCAAAAUUAAACAGGCAUUGCAGAAGAAACAUGUGAACCCCAUGCAGGCCCUCAGUGAGUUCAAAGCCAUGGACAGCAUCUAA